CCAAAGCACACACACACAUUAGAAAUACACACACACAUUUAUACACACUGAUGCUUCGGCUUCCUACUGCUGCAAUCCCACUAUGCAGCGCAGGGAUAUAGACACACAGACUCACCUCUCCACCAUCUCUGUAGCUGUUAUUAUACACAUAUAGUUACACACACAAGCCGCUGGUAAUACACCGAUAAAGCAGAAACUCCCGAUCCCAAACACAGUACUGAACAUUUACAUUGGAACAUACAGGUGCACACUGCACAGAUAGCCAGGCAACAUGUCAGGCAGCAAAUCUCCUUUCAAAAAGAGAGCCAGUCUACAGACCCCAAGUCCAGCAGAUUUUCGGGGACCUCAGUUUCAUCUGCUGCAGUCUGCAAAGUCUUUUUCUGGUACUCCUCAUAGUUUAAAGCAGCUGAACCGAGAAUUAAGAACAUCCAUGGAGGGGAAAUAUAAGGAAAUAGCAGAGGAGCUCUUCAGUCGUUCCCUCGCUGACAGCGAGAUGCGUUCUGCACCAUAUGAGUUUCCAGAAGAGAGCCCCAUUGAGAAGCUUGAGGAAAGAAGACAGCGGCUUGAGCGGCAAAUAAGCCAAGACAUUAAACUUGAACCUGAUAUUUUACUUAGAGCUAAACAGGACUUUCUGAAAAUUGACAGCAGCUCAGACUUACAGUUAUACAAAGAGGAACAUGAAGAUUUAGUGGAUCAUUUCUCUAAUGAUGCUCUGCUUGAAAGAGAAUAUUUGAGAGUGGCCAUCUCGGGGGACGAGAAGUGUGGGGUGCCAUUCACAGAUCUGCUGGAUGCAGCCAAGAGUGUGGUGAGGGCUUUGUUAAUUCGUCACAAGUACAUGAACCUGUCCAUGCAAAGCUUUUGCAAGACCACUGUCGAACACUUAAAGAAACUUAGUGACAAUACUCUAGACAGCCCACUGCAGGAAGAAGGUGCAGACACCCCUGUGGCUCCAGAUGCUCCUGUGCACCCUCCGUUCUCUGAUCAGCAUCCCUAUGAAGUGUGUGACCCAAGCACAAUGCCUCCUGACUUGGGCUUUGGUCUGAAGAUUGUAGAUGGUGUGGUUCAUGUGUACACAAAGCGUGAUGUCACUGACACGAGCACAGAGCUGGAUCUCCCAUACCCGGAUCUCCAGGAAUUUAUAGCUGAUAUGAAUGUCCUGAUGUCGCUUAUUAUCAAUGGUCCCAUUAAGUCAUUUUGCUACCGCCGGCUGCAGUACCUGAGCUCCCGCUUCCAGAUGCAUGUUCUGCUGAAUGAGAUGAAGGAGUUAGCAGCUCAGAAGAAAGUGCCACACAGAGACUUUUACAACAUACGUAAGGUGGACACACAUAUUCAUGCAGCAUCCUGUAUGAACCAGAAGCAUCUGCUGCGAUUUAUCAAGCGGGCUAUAAAAAAGAAUAGUAAAGAAAUUGUGUAUGAGGAGGGGGGCAAAGAGCAGACACUGCGACAAGUCUUCCAGAACAUGAACAUAACAGCGUAUGACCUCAGUGUGGACACUCUGGAUAUGCAUGCGGACAGAAAUACCUUCCAUCGCUUUGACAAAUUUAAUGCCAAGUACAAUCCAAUAGGCGAGUCCACUCUGAGAGAAAUCUUCAUCAAGACAGAUAACAAGGUGUCUGGAAAAUACUUUGCCCACAUUAUCAAGGAAGUGAUGUCAGAUCUGGAAGAGAGUAAAUAUCAGAAUGCAGAGCUGCGUCUUUCAAUAUAUGGUCGUUCUCGCAAAGAAUGGGACAGUCUAGCUUUUUGGGCGGUCAAUCAUAAAGUGCAUUCUAACAAUGUCCGAUGGCUUGUGCAGAUCCCACGACUCUAUGAUGUGUUUCGUAGUAAAAAGCAGGUUAAUAGUUUUCAAGAGAUCCUGGAGAACAUUUUCAUGCCUCUCUUUGAAGUCACUGUGAACCCAGCCAGUCAUCCUGAGCUGCAUCUCUUUCUGGAGCAUAUGGAUGGUUUUGACAGCGUAGAUGAUGAAUCAAAGCCAGAACAUCAUAUUUUUAAUAUGGAUAGUCCACUGCCUGAGAACUGGAAGGAGGAUGAAAAUCCACCAUAUUCCUACUAUCUGUACUAUAUGUACGCCAACAUGACUGUGCUCAACCACCUGCGCAGGCAACGUGGAUUCCAUACGUUUGUCCUCCGGCCGCACUGUGGAGAAGCUGGACCUAUACACCAUCUAGUGUCAGGAUUCAUGCUGUCCCAGAACAUCUCACAUGGGCUCCUGUUGCGCAAGGCCCCAGUUUUGCAGUAUCUGUAUUACCUGGCACAGAUUGGAAUCGCCAUGUCUCCUUUAAGUAAUAACAGUCUGUUCCUGAGCUAUCACCGGAAUCCGCUCCCUGAUUUCCUGUCACGUGGCCUUAUAGUGUCACUUUCCACAGAUGACCCACUACAAUUUCAUUUCACAAAGGAGCCUCUAAUGGAAGAAUACAGCAUUGCAACCCAAGUAUGGAAACUGAGCUCCUGUGACAUGUGUGAGCUUGCAAGAAACAGUGUUUUAAUGAGCGGCUUUCCUCAUAAGGUGAAGAGCUACUGGCUUGGUCCUAAUUACGUGCGUGAUAGCCCGGAGGGGAAUGAUAUCCGCAGAACCAAUGUGCCUGACAUCCGGGUUAGGUAUCGAUAUGAGACUCUGUGUGAGGAGCUGAUGCUCAUCAUACAGGCUCUGCAGAGUGAGGAGCUGGAGACCAUCCCAGAGGAAUUCCUGUCUAUGGGAGGUGGACUGGGCAAGAACACAGAGGAAGAAGAUGUGUAAAGAGAAGAGAAAAGGGACCCUGGCUAAAGAAGGAACUCUGUAUGCGGAGAGGAGUCAGGGUUGUGAAUGACCAAGUGCAUAGGGUUCACUGUAGGUGGAUGACAAAGAGUGUUUGGGGGAGGGUGAAGACCUUGAGGAUAAGAAAGCAGUAGUGGACAGGAACAUGACUGAAAGGACUGGUAGAGCCAGGAGCAGAAGAGGAAAGGGUGAUGUAACACUAGAAUAAUAUUAGAUAUGGAUGGCAUAACAUGAGGUGAACGUCAAUCAAAUCCUACAGUAUUACUUAAACAAAUUACAAAAUAGAUGAGACUGAUCAUUACUAGGCUGGAAGAUAAGAACAGUUGCAUAUAAUAAUGGGAACAUUUUAAGCAUAGUUACAGUGAGUUGGCUGAAGGAGCAUCAUGGGAAUCCAUUUGCAGUGAACACUCACUCUCAGCAAAUAAAAACAAAAAACCCCAUUAUGGAGGUAAUUUACAGUGUGCACAUGAAAGUCAGAGGGGUAACCCUGCAGAAACAACCUGUGCAAUAGUGUAAUCACCACAACAUUCUACCACUUUAGGACCACCCUUUUCAAUAAAAGAAACUUAUUAUUUAAAGUAAUGCUAGAUUAGCCUAAUAUAUGGCUUACAUCAAUCAUAUCAGCAUAUUUCUAUGUAUGCAGCGUGUAAAUACAUUACUCGGAGCACAUCUACAAAUGUUCUUCUCCCCCAAAGUGCACAGUGGAUGUCUCCAUAAGAUAUAGCGCAAAACCCAAAGCCUGGAUGCUCUGAGCUGGUACCUAAUAGAAGUAAUUUUGCAGUGGUCAAAUGGCCAUGCACCCCUCUUGACUGCAAUGACCUCCCAUAAAAAUGCACCUUCUUCAUUCCUUUAUCUCAUUUCAGUACCAGUAUAGCUCAGCAAAAAUAAAUCUUAACUUCUACACUGGUCUGCAAAACUAGAUACACCAGUGAGUCUCCAUUCCAACAAUUCCACCCCCUCUGCUUGUGCAAACUUUUGCUGCUCUGCAACAUACGACAUCUUGCUGUAUAACUCUAUUGCACCAUGAUGGAAAUCCAGGCAUUCUUGCCCAAAUUAAGGCUCAGUUCCUGAUAUGGUUCUAGGUUUUGCAGUAGACGUCUUAUGCUUUAUAAAUGACCUCCCAAUUAUUAGCUUAGACAUGGACCUUGUGACAAGAGGAGACUGGUGGUGGUACUUUGCACAAUGGAGUAUAACAUACAAAAAAAACUACUCACAAAUGAGUGAAGGGAUGUAGAAAAUAGUUCUCUUAGGGAAAAGCGCAUGACAAAAGAAAUGCUGAUUACUUCUGUAUUUUGUUUGUAAAAGAUCUGCUGAGAGAUUCGGAGGGUCUGUCUUUGCAUGUCUAGGGUAUUUAAAGCAAAAGGGUGUUCAUGUGUAGCAAAAUGAUAGAGAAGGAGUAUAGUUCACACUGUUUGUCCACAAUGAAUUGCCAUAUAAAUUUUUAUAUACUGUAUGUCCACUAGCCACUUUAUAUUAAAUAUAUAUUUUUCUUAUAGCAAAGAAAACAAGUAGAAAGAGUAAACAGGUGUAUUAAUAUAUAUAUAACCAGCAACACCCAAGAAGUGUGUUGACAUCAACUAGAGGCAUUGGGUUGUCACCAAUUUUGUUAAAACUAUUAGUAAAAUAUUUUCACUGUUUUAUGACACAUUGCUCUAGUUUUUUAUUGUCUGACAACCUGUCACUGAGCCAGUGAAAAUUAAUUUGUAAUAAAAUAGUAGUAUGAAAAUGACUGACAAAGCGUGAACUACAGUAUAUCUCAUUGUAAUCUGUCCAUAUCUCAGUACUAUAGUUUUUUUUGUUUUUUUUUCAUUGAUGUGACCAACACACCAGCACAGAUUUUUUUUUUUGUGUACCAACAUAUUCAUUCUAUUUUUUAAAGUUUGCCGUACUUGUGAUUAAGAUGCACAAUGUUAGAUUGUUAUAUUUGGAAUUGGAAUUACUGGACAAUAAUAUCAUUAUGUGAUGCCUAUAUUUAAAAAUCCAGGAACAGACACAGCUAGUUAUUAUGUGUAUUAUUUGUGAUUGUGUCGCUGUGAUUAUAUUAUCAUAUUUCCUGCAUGCUGUCUGUGUAUCUGCACUAUACCUUCAACUAUGGAUCUGUCAUUCUCUUACAAAUGCUACCACUUGUAAUUAUUCAGAUUUGCAUGGCAAUUAAAGAUAUGUUUCAAUGA